AUGACCAUGAAUGUAUCAGCAACUUCGUAUAGAACCAAAGUGGUCAUCCUUGGUGCAGGAGCAUCAGGAGUGGCAGCAGCAUCUACCUUACAUAAGAACGGCCAAGAUGAUUUCAUAAUUGUGGAGGGACAAUCGUUUGUUGGCGGCAGGGUUCAGCAUGCUACAUUAGGACGCUCCUCUGUGGAACUCGGUGCCAAUUGGAUAUAUGGCAAAGGCACCAACCCAAUUUACAAGUUGGCUACUCAACAUGGGCUAAAGACGGCACCUAAUGAUAAACGCGACGUUGCCUUUUUUGAUGAUCAAGGUCCCCUUCGCCAACGUCUUGGCUUACCUGUAUAUGAUGCAUUCGAUGAGCUCAUGGAGAAAACGGUCAUGUAUGCAGAGGAGAGGAUAGCCCACAACCAAGUUGAUUUAUCAAGUCGAGCAGCAUUACGAAUGCUUGGAUGGGAACCAGAUACGCCGCUCAAAGCAGCUGUAGAGUAUUUUGCUAUCGAAUGGGAGCUUGCUGAACCAGCCGAAGUAUCAUCACUUGAAUAUGCAACGGGCACUUCGGAUAUGACGGAAGGCACUUUUCCCUUUGGUAAUGAAUUUGUGGUUGAUCACAGGGGUUUCAAUUACAUUCUUCAAGAGGAAGCGAACCGGUUUCUCAAACCCAAUGAUAGCCGCUUGUUAUUGGAUACAAUGGUUACUCGUGUGCGAUACGAUGGUCCUCAUGGUGUGGUUGUGCAUACCGCCAAUGGUGAUCGUAUCUUUGCUGAUUAUGCUAUUUGCACGUUCUCACUAGGCGUUCUCCAAAGCAAUAGCGUUGAAUGGAUCCCAGCUUUUCCCGACUGGAAACGAGAAGCGUUAUUAAGUUUUCAUAUGACCACCUAUACCAAAAUCUUUUUAAGGUUUGACCACAAAUUCUGGGACGAUUGGCAGUUUGCAUUGUAUGCUGGAAAUGAUACAAGAGAAUAUACCGUAUGGCAAAACCUCAAUGCACCAGGGUAUUUGCCACAUCAAAAUCAAGAUGAUGAUAACAUUUUGAUGGUCACUGCUACCUACAAAGCAUCUGAACGUCUUGAACGCUUACCCGACGCUCAAGUAGCUGACGAGAUUAUGCAAGUGUUACAACGCAUGUUUCCACAUACAACGCUCCCACGUCCAACUGGCAUUGUUGUACCCCGCUGGCAUACCAACCCACUCUUUCGUGGAUCUUAUUCCAAUUGGCCCAUAGGUAUGCUUGUUGAGCAUCACGAAAAUAUGCGUGCUCCACUACCCAUUGACGACAAUGAUGACGCAUCUACUUCUCCUCGUCUAUGGUUUGCUGGUGAAGCCAUGUCACCCGAGUACUAUGGCUAUUUGCAUGGUGCAUGGAUUGAAGGCCAAAACAUCGCUGGCAAGAUACUCGAAUGCCUCAACAAAACGUGUCCCCCUUAUCGUUUCCAUAAACGUGUACGUGCCUGUAACCCAACCCCAAGAUUUCGCCUGCAACAGUAG